GCGCGUGUGUGCGUGUAGGUGUGUGUGCGUGCGUCUUUUUUUUUCACCAAAGCGAGCGGCUGAUGGAAGAAAGUCCCGGGCGAACAGAACACCAUGAGUUUCAUUUCAAUGCAGAAUGAAUUUUGAUGUCUGGAUGCGUCUCUCGCUGGAGUUCAGUGAUGAGGCUCCUGUCGUGGAUCCUGUUGGUAAACGGUGGACUUUAUCAGGUCUUAUCCCAAAGUCCCACAGUCAUUCCGGUUGUGAACACAGACCUGGAACUGUUUAACAGGACACAGUACUGUAAGUGGCCCUGUAAAUGUCCUAAGGUGACCCCCGUGUGCCCUCUGGGGAUCAGUCUGCUCACAGACGGCUGUGACUGCUGUAAGGCUUGUGCUAAACAGCUGGGAGAAACCUGCAAUGAGAGAGACACAUGUGACUACCACAGGGGCCUCUACUGUGACUACAGUGCUGACAAGCCUAGGUACGAAAAAGGCGUGUGUGCAUAUCUAGUCGGGACAGGUUGUGAGUAUAAUGGUGUGAUCUAUCGCAAUGGGCAGAGCUUUCAGCCUAGCUGUAAGUACCGCUGCUUGUGUGUAAAUGGGGCAAUCGGGUGUGUACCACUGUGCACCGAGUCCCUGCCACCUAGGGGGUGGUGUCAGUUACCCAAACUGGUGAAGAUUCCAGGCCGUUGCUGUGAGCAGUGGAUCUGUAACGAGCCUCGGAAAACACGCAGGACGAGCCCUAGACAUGCUGUGGAGGUGUCUCUAAACACCAAUGAGAUCUGGCACAACAACUGUAUUACCCAUACUACCCCUUGGAGCCCAUGCUCAAAGACCUGUGGGCGGGGCGUAUCUAUGCGACUCUCCAAUGACAACUCCCAGUGCGUGAUGGAGCAUGAGAGCCGUCUGUGUAACCUCAGGCCCUGCGAUGUGGACAUAACCAAACAUUUUCGGCCAGGGAAGAAAUGCCUGAACAUUUAUCGUGAGCGUGAAUUUCAGAAUUUCACCAUUUCCGGCUGCACCAGUAAAAAGCCCUACUGGCCCAAAUACUGUGGAGUGUGUUCAGAUGAACGCUGCUGCAUCCCUUACAAGUCAAAGACAAUCGAGGUGGAGUUUGAGUGUCCCAAUGGAGCAGUGUUCACCUGGAAGUACAUGUGGAUCAACGCAUGCUUCUGCAAUCUCUCCUGCAGAAACCCCAAUGAUAUUUUUGCUGACCUGGAGCCUUACUAUGAGCACAAUGAGAUCAUGAACUGAGACUGAGAGGAGCGAUGACCACAGGUUUUCCAGUUUAUAUUACAGUGUGCUCCACAAUUCAGUGCUGCCUGACAGAAUCCUUGAUUAUAAGGCAAUUCAACAUGUCAAAGCCAGAAUCUCUCGUGUGUGUUCAGAUAAUGCAUAUGUAGAGUUAAUAUACAUUCUGGGCGGGUAUUACCAUGUCACAGUCAAAUUCUGUGAGUUGGAGAAAAUAGGAAUCUGGUUUGCACAGUAUUUGAUUUUACAUCAGCAAAACCACAUUAUAUAGUGCUAGAAAGUAUUUAAAAUUUCCAAAUGACAUAAACUUUGGGAGGAUUUUUCCUUCUCAUUUGGAAUGUAGUUUGGUUGGAAAGUGAUUCCUUUGGUAUUUUCCAAAGUCUCACAGAGGCACCAGAGGGUUUAUGUAAUGGAAAUGCUGUAUAAAAUGAAUUAGUAUGGGAUUUUUAUAUUCCUUAAAGAAAAAUGUAAUAUUUUGAAACAGUCACAGGUUUUAAGCACACAUUUUUAUAAGGAUAUAGCAGUUUUGUUUUUACAAAAUGUAGAAACUGUCUUCCUAUUUUGUUUCUAUUGAGUGGUACUUUUUAAAAGAUUAUAUAUUCAGCAAGUUAAUCAGACCUGAAAUGUCUUUAAUAUAUAUAUAUAUUUCAGGUAAGGACGAGUAUAUGUUUUUACCACAUAUGUCACAAUUUACUUUAAUUAUACAUGUAAUGCCAGUUAACUUAUUUUCUAUAUACAAUUCAAGAUUUAUGUGAAAAAAAAUAUCUGUUUAAUAUCCACUGAUUAAAGUGGCAGAAAACAUGA